UGUGACAUAAUGUGGCAGAAUUAGUUACUAAAACGUAACCUCAAAAUAAAUUGUUCAAAUUUUUCACGAGAUAAUAGUAUGCCGCUUGGAAAAUUUGGAAAAAUAACUCUUUCGUGGUAAUUUCCUAAAUUAAAUAUUAAUAUAUCGCGCUUUUGAGUUGUAGCAAGUUAUUGUUGGUGAGCCAAAAAAUAUUUUCAAAGCUGGGAAUAACAGUGACAAGUUUAUCUCUAUUUGUGGUCGCCAAGAACUACGUAAAUGGUUGCCGCCAGGAGAAUAUGAAAGCUCGUGAACGCAUGCGCCGGUCUAACGAGGGAGAGUAUCCUGACUUGUACCGCAAGCUCUGAGCUAAUAGUUUUUUUUUUUUCUAGCCCUAAAUUAAUCCCAAAGACAAAGUAUAAGGAUGGCGGUGCCACAGUUGGAUCCCGCCAAGCUGCAGCUGGUCCAGGAGUUGGAGAUUGAGAUGAUGUCCGACAUGUACAACAGGCUGGUGGGAGCGUGCCACCGUAAAUGCAUACCCAUUAAGUACCACGAGGCAGAGCUUGGCAAAGGAGAGUCAGUGUGUCUAGACAGAUGCGUGGCUAAGUACCUGGAUGUCCACGAACGCAUCGGCAAGAAGCUAUCUAACAUGUCCCAAGGGGAGGAGGACCUCACUAAAGUCAACCUUCCCGAACCUAAGAAAUAGCAGUCUCAAUAGGGUAACUUUGAAUUACCAUACUACAAUAUGCUGCCUUUUUGGUAGAAUUCUGACUGACUCGGCAUUUGUAACAGAUAUAUUUUCAGUAAGAGCAUCCUAUUUUUAGUUCAGAGUUACCCUGAUUGACCAUAAUUAUAAGGUAUCUUUAUAACAAACUAAUUAUUCAAUAUUAAAUUCUGUUAUACAUCAACAACUAUAAUUUAUAUAAUAGUUUAUAAAUUAUAAUUAAUAUGUUAUCCAUAAUAAAUACAUGUGAAAAUUAAAAAAUGUUUAUGAUAUUUAGUUUGUUAUAAGACACCAUCAAAGUGAGUGAUUGUGUUUUGAACUGUUGGGACAGCUCCAUAACUGUGGAAGCAUUUUUGUUUCGUAGGUACAUAGAGAAUGUUAGCUAAUAUAUAGAAAUAAAACAAGUACACACA